AUGUCAGCCGCAGCUGUGAACCAGGCUGCAGAAACGCGCGCAGAUCUGGAAAAGAAACGGAACGGAGUGAAACAUGCAAAUAGCUUGCUCAAGGACAUUGUGACAAUGAGGUGGCUAGUGUAUCCUGCAUCAGCUGCCAAGAUUGCGUUGAUCUUUGUUCUUGGCUACAUGAUGUUUGAAUAUGCGCUGCCAUUCAGUGUGAACCCAUUCCAACCUUUCUUAACGCUAUCAUACCGAAUCCCGGAGUCCGAGGUUGUCUUGCGUCUUGCACAGAACCCGAUAUACGGCCCUACACCUUCCUACUCUCUGGACAACCCUGUUACUACUGCCUUGCGAGACUUUUUCCGGUCGACACAUGCGAAGCUCUUUCCAAAUGAGCCCAAGUUAUUGCGCUACGGUAAAGGUUGGCUCGAUGUUUGUUUCAUGGGGUUCUACAUUAUUGUUUUUAGCUUUCUCCGCCAGGUCAUUACGGGUCACAUCUUCAAGCCUCUGGCUGCGCGCUGGAACCUAAAAACUGAAAACAAGUGUGUGCGCUUCGCCGAACAGGGCUAUGCAUUAACUUACUGGGGAGUGAUGAGUAUUUUUGGUCUGUACGUUAUGGCAUUCCAGGAUAGUUGGUGGUACAACCUUGACCAUCUUUGGUACCAAUACCCGCAUUGGCAAAUGCGCCCUGAGCUUAAGCUAUAUUACUUGCUUCAGGCCAGUUAUUGGCUUCAACAAGCAUUCGUAAUGCUUUUGGGUCUUGAGCGUCCCCGUAAAGAUUAUUACGAGCUUGUUGCACACCAUUUAGUGACGCUCUGGUUGAUUGGAUGGUCGUAUUUCAUCAACUUGUCCAUGAUCGGCACUACCGUGUUUGUCUGCAUGGAUAUUCCGGACACAUGGCUUGCUCUCUCAAAAAUGCUGAAUUAUCUUAACAAAAAUAUGGCUGCAGCAGCGGUUUACUCAGUCUUUAUGGUGGUCUGGUCCUAUUUCCGAAUUUUCCUGAGCGCUCUCACUCUUUACUCCGUCUAUGCUGACUAUACCAAGAUUCCUGCUUAUGCGCGAACAUUCCAUCCAUCCCAGGGUCAUUGGCUCGUUUGGUGGAUGCAGUGCCAUGUAUUUGCUCCGCUCUUCUUACUCCUUCUUCUUAAUUUGUUCUGGUAUGCCCUUAUGUGGCGAAUCCUAUACCGUGCAAUUAACGGCGUCUACGGCGACACGCGCGAGGAAGGUGAAGAUGACCAUGGAAAAGAAGAAUAA